AUGACUUUCCUCAACAGACUCCGUCGCUCAGGAAGCAAUGAGGCUCAGGCGACAAGCACCGGCAUUAGCCAUGGCCAACCCGAGUUCAUCGGCGAUGGCGAUGUCAAAUAUGCCGUCGAGCAGAGUGGCAACGACUCCGGCCCUAGUUACCAAGAUGCAUCUGGAGCGCCAGUGGAGGUCAAAUCACCACUCGGAUAUUCGGUUGGAGGGGUUACAAUUCUGUUUCUGAACAUCAGCAUGAUGAUUGGCACAGGUGUCUAUUCUACUCCUGCUGGUAUCUUGAGCGGCGUUGGUUCGCCCGGACUUGCAUUCAUCUACUGGACCAUCGGCUUCCUCCUUUCCGCUAGUUCACUGGCUGUAUAUCUCGAGUAUAUGGCCUAUUUCCCAAACAGAUCUGGCUCCGAGGUGGUAUAUCUUGAACAGGCUUACCCAAAGCCGAGAUACUUGUUUCCAACAGUAUUUGCUCUGUGGAUGCUUAUUCUCUCCUUCAGCUCAAGCAACUGUAUCGUGCUUGCUGCGUACCUCUUCCAAAUCAAUGGCCACUCACCAUCUCCAUGGGAGUUGAAGGGUGUUGCGAUCGCGGCGUUCACCGUCGUGAUAAUCGUACUGGGCAUCAAUACACGCUUCGCAUAUCGCGUCUCAAACGCUAUUGGAGUUGUGAAACUUCUCACCCUAAUCUUUGUCGCCAUCACAGGCCUCGUGGUACUGGGUGGCCACACAAGAGUCGAAGAUCCAAAAGCAAAUUUCAGGAAACCAUUUUCUGGGACGUCAAGUCAGCCAUAUGGAUUGACCACAUCCCUAGUCUAUAUUUACUUCUCAUAUGGCGGAUAUAAUAAUGCCUUCAAUGUGGUGAACGAAGUCAAGAAUCCACUCAAAGCGAUCAAGAUUUACUCUGCGAUUUCCCUAUCUAUCGUCUAUGUACUCUAUCUUUUCGCCAAUGUGGCUUACAUUGCCGCCGUCCCUCUCGCUGAGCUCAAAAGCUCUAGGCAAACCGCGGCGUCACUGUUCUUCAUCAAGGUUUUCGGCUCCAGUGGCGCAGUCAAGGGCCUGAACUUUCUCAUUGCCCUCAGUGCAUUCGGUAAUCUACUAGCUGGGAACAUCGGAAUAUCUAGAAUCACGCGCGAAUGUGGUCGACAAGGCGUACUCCCUUACCCGCGGUUCUGGGCAUCGACACGACCUUUUGGUACCCCGUUCGGGCCAUACUUGAUCAAGUAUGUCUUGACGGUGCUGAUGAUCCUCGCUCCUCCUGCGGGGGACGCCUUCAACUUCAUUGUCAGUCUCCAGCAGUAUCCAUAUUCGGUUUUCAACGUCUUCGUGGCUGUAGGUGUCUACUUCGUCCGAAGCCGCCGUGCAAAACUCGGCCUGCCACGCGGAGAGUUCAGAGCUUGGGAUGUUGUUGUAGUAUUCAACAUUCUCGUGAAUCUCUACCUCGUUAUUAUGCCAUGGUACCCUCCGGCCAGCGGACGCAACGGUGGCAAUGUGAGCUUCUGGUAUGGCACUUCUACAGUCACUGGCAUCGCCGUCAUCAUUCUCUGCGUCGCCUACUACUUCAUCUGGAUCUAUGGUAUUCCAUAUUGGCGCGGAUAUCGCAUUCGUCAAACCACGAUCGUACUACAAGACGGCGCCAACACUCACACGCUGGUCAAAGUGCCACUGGAUCAACUUGCGGAGUGGGAUAGAACUCAUGAUCCAUCAGGUAAAUUGAUUGAUGACGAUAGUGGUCUGGAAGGGGAUGUGACCGGCGAUGGGCAAAGGAAGGGUGCCACAACUGUGGACAACGAACUCAAGGUCUGA